AUGGCCCAGAGUGCAUUGCUGGGGGAGACGGGCUGUCAGGGCUGCAAGCUGGAGUUUGAGCCAAGGAGAGAGCAUCAGCUAGGGAGGAAAGGUCUGGGCUGCUUCACCCAAACCCCUCCUGUCCUUCUCCUCAUCCCUCAGUCCUGGGGUGGAAUGACACCUCAUUUAAAGUUGCUUUCCCAGGAGGCCAUGCUGCAGGGCUUUUAUGUGGUGGUGUUUCACCAUCGCGGGACAGCGGGAUCCCCGUUAAGUACAGCACGACUGAUGGAGUUUGGAGACCCGUCUGAUCUUGAAGAGGCAGUGGCUUACGUCCACAGCCGUCGGCCGUCCUCCAUGCUAUUUGCAGUGAGUGAGGGUUCAGGCUCAGGUGUCCUCCUCUCCUAUUUGGGAGAAUGUGGGUCCGGCUCCCACCUGACUGCAGCUGCAGCCAUCUCACCCGUGCUGCUGGGCCAGCUGUGGUUUGAAACACUGAUGCCUCCGAUUUAUCGAUGGGGGGCGCUUUUUCACCGGAAACAGCAGCUCAGUAGAUAUGAAAACUCUCUGAAAGGCAUCCUGGAUGUGGAUCGGGCUCUCAGCUCUUCAUCCCUCAGGGAGUUUGAAGAAGCCCUUUUCUGCACAUCAGCCCCGCCUCAGCAGCAACAAACUCAUGGGUCUUCCCCUCUGAAGGGUCUGGCCCCCUCGUUGGCCUGGACACUGGGUGAAAGAGCUUACCUGGCAAAGGACUGGGAGGGCUACUGGGGAAGGAAUGAACCUCUGAGGGAUGCGGAUGAGGUGGCGGUUCCCGUCCUCUGCAUCUGCAGCAGGGACGACCCCAUCCUCCCACCAGCCUCCACCCUUCCCCUUCCCCUCUUCCUGAGCAAUCCUUACUUUCUCCUGGUGUUGACGGACAGAGGAGGCCACUGUGGGUUCACACUGGAGAGACGAGCAGAGGCGGAUGAAGGGAGGACAAGGACUGAAGAGGAGGAUGAAAAAAGAUGGAGCCACAUCCUGGCUCUGGAAUACUUCAGAGUGGUAGCCGAUUUCCUAAAAUACGAGGAGAGCGAUGAAACACGCUGGAGGAGAUCACUUGAUGGGAGUCAAAGUGUACAGAGGAGGACAGAGACGAUGGCGGUCCCUCGUAGAAGGAGAACCAAUGUGAUGAGGAGACCUAAAGCCCAGUCAUCACAGCACAGCGGUGUGGACGAUCCAGAGAACUUCACCUGGAAGAGGUCCUACACCCGCUAAGGAGACUAGUUUUUGAAGAGGUUAAAGGUGGCUUUUACAAAAAAUGUAAAUGUAAACUCUCAAAACAUCUUUAAAAAAAAUUUAAAUAAAAACUUAAUAAUAGAAUGUGCUAAAAUCAGAAGAAAUCGAGUUUUUAACAAUGAAAAAAAAAACAUUCAAGAGAUGUUCUGAUCUCAUUUCACUUUAAGAUCUUGAAGUCUUUCGCUUUGCUUUUUGCUCUACAACUACUAGAACUACUUGUUCUGAAUUUUCCCUGAGCAUGUUUACAUAUUCAAGAAAGAACUGUGGAAAUGAGGGGAUAAACAGUUUUCUCACAAAAAACUCUUUCAAUAAUUCGUACUCAUAGAAAUAUUCCUUCAAUAAACCUUCAAUUACAUUUCUUCAUUUGAAGUUUAAAAACCUUAAAAGAAUACUUUAAGAUGACUUUGUGGACACAAAAAAGCACCAAGACCAUGAAAUAUUAAAAUUACUUUAUUACAGAUGAUUUUUUUUGUAUCCAGUAGCCCUCUUCAAAGAAAAAGAAAAAAAGUAAUUACAAACAAAAUAUUACAUUUAUCCCCUAAACUUUGCCUCUGCAUUUACUUUAUACACUUUAAAUCUUUUUAUCAUCUGAAGGAAUAUCUGCUUUAAUCUUCUCUGAGACAUUCUGUUUUUGCACAAUCUAUACAGUUUAAUACAGAUUUCUGAACCAGGGGAUUAAAACAGCAAGAUCCACAUAUCGACAGGAGAGAUAAAAAGAAAUACUGAUAAACAGACUGUACAGAGACUUGACCCUGCCUUCCGCCUUCCUGUCAGCCGACGGCUGUCACUCUGUCACACUGAGGGCGGGGCAUCACAGUAGACUCUUUAAUCUGGUCAGCUACUUGUGCAAUCAGUGCAACUGAUCCAGUUGUGGGUGACCAAAGUCUAAAGCUAGACUCAACCCCGCAACCUCGCAAGAAAAAAAGAAAAAAAACACCUGUGAGUUUCAGUAAGCAUGAGGUCUUAAACUUUGUUGCUCACUUGGCCCUCUGCAGACGAUAUCUAGAAAAUAAAAGGAGGAAUUUUUAAGACAAAAAUAAAAAUAAAGUGGAGAGGAGCUGGAGAAGAGGUGGAUAAAAGAUGCACCAGCUUCUGGAUAAAGAAAACCGGCAUGUUUGCCUGCAUAAUCGUUGUCGUUUUUCUUUCUAAAGGCAAAAACAUCCAAUUCUGAGACACAAUAGUUGAAAGAAAGGAGGCCCAUUGAUAAAUAAAUCAGGAAUAAAACCAAAAUGGCUUUGUUUUCAAAAUCUCAAAUAAUGGAGGCGUCAUUUUUGUAACAGCUGUUAAAAAGUUUAAUCCAAAAUUUUGCAGAGUGCACCAACUAUUUCAGAUUUCAGGAAAUUUCUCAAAUAUAUAUUUUGGGACAAUUCCUUCUCCACACUUGCAUAACCUUCACCUCGUGCCCGAGGGUCCUU